AAACUAUCACUUUCUGUGAUACUCCAUUUUUGGAGAUCAUGAUGUGUGUGCACUGCCUUGGUGCAAUAUUCUAACUCAGGCAAGAGGUUUUAAGCCCUUUAAUGUGGAUGGCAACACAAGGAUGGGAGUGAGACUGUGAAGUGUGAAGUGUGAAGUGUGAAGGCAAGGAUGGUGUACCGUGUGGAAAUGACGUGAAGAAUGACUGAGAAUGCAAGGAAUGCAAGAAAAGGCAUGAAGUCUGGAUGUGUGAAUGUGCAAGGAUAGGGCAUUGGGAAAUUUGAGGAUGUGUGUAAGGAACUGAAUGAAUGGCAUUUCAACAUAGUCAGAAUGACCGAGACACACUUGAAAGAUGAUGUGAAAUUGGAUGGUAGUAAGUAUGUGAUGAUUGGAAAGGGACAGAAAGUUCAAGAUAGGGUAGGAGGAGGAGUAACCUUUUUUUUUUUGUAUAGGAAGGAAAAGAACUUCAGAAUAGAAAAGUUAGAUAUAGGAAACUGUGCCAUGAGUGAGGAAAUUUUAGCAGCAAAGGCAGAGUGCACAGGUGAGCAUGGGAAGUGUGAAACACUGGUGGUGAUUGUGGUGUGCAUGACAGUUGAGGGGGAGAGAGCAGCAAGAGAGAACAGCAGGAAGUAUGGAAUAUUGAGGAAGAUCAUAAGAAAAUGAAAGGAGAGAGUAAUGAUUAUGGGAGACAUGAAUACACACGUAGGUAUUUUAGGUGAGCGGAUGCAUGAGAAUGGUGAGAGAUGCUUGAUGAGUUUGUGAAUGACAUGGAUGUGGAAGGAAGGAAGUGGAAAAGUGAGACAGAGUAGUGAAACUUGUGGGACUGAGUGAAUAGAAGAAUAAAAUGGAACAAAAGAAUAUUCAGAGUGGUAAAGAGAGAAAGAGGCCCCAAUGUAUGAAAAGUGGUAUAAGGGAAGCCUGGGUGAUGAUUUCUUCCGAGCUAGGGCACAGUGUAUGUGUGUGAAUGCAAGGUGUUAAAGAUGGUCUGAGUUCUGCAGCAAAGUAUACCGGAUGUGUGACACUGGAGAGGAUGAGACGGUGGAGCAUAUGGUGCUGGAGUGUGUGAAGUAUGCCAGAGACAGAAAUGAGAUGAUGCAAGUGGUGCAGAGGGAGCUGGGGAAGGUCAGAGUGAAGACAGGAAAGGAAUGGAUUGGAUGGUGUUGCUGCUGGGGAUGUGUGGGGAGACGAAUGAAAGGAUGAUUGAGGCAGUGAAGGAGUUCCUGGAAAAGAUGUGGUGUAUGAAAUAUAGGAAUUAGUGGUGUGAAGGAUGGUGUCUGUUUUCUGUUUGCCGUUUUUCUUUUUUUUUUUUUUUCCUACAGGAGUUGCCGAUACUCCUGGACCAGGAGCAGUCCCGAGCCAUCUGUAACAUUAAAAUGAAGAUCAAGAUCAUCGAGAUCAAAAUCAAGAUCAUGGCAGUCUUGCUCCGUUCGUCUUUCAUCCAAGCAUUGCUGCCAGUUUCUAGGUUAGCGGCACAACCAGCAUGCCUGACUCGACCACUUUGCCGAAAGCCACCAGAAGAUUGUGUGAGCGUGGUGGUGGUGAUGCCAGAUCUGCUGCCACUGUCAAGAAUGGUGAAACUAAAGAAAAAUCAAUUAAAUCUCAGAAUCUGGAAACCCAGAUAGAAGACCAUAAGCCACUUCAAGGGACAGAGGGAAAGAAGACUGGAGAGUCUGACUCACAUGUCUUAAAACAUGAGUCCAGUGUAAAAGAGAAAGCUGCUGCAGAGAAACAAGACAAGAAGACAUCUAGCCACAAGAAACUACAUGAUCUUUCAUCUUUGGCUAGUACUGACCCCAUAUUCCUGUGGAGCCUCAAGUGCAGCCGUCACGUCCCAAAGCUCGGAAGAAGACCAAAACUGCAGGAAAAGGCAAAUUAUCCCCGGUAUCAGAGCCUGACCUUGAACCUGAGCUUGUUUUAGCAACCAAAGAAGUGGCUAAAAGUCUUGGUGGGGAUGUGAAGGAAACUGAGUCUGAGCUUCUGUCCACCUUGUGCCUCCACUCUUCAGAGACUACCACUGGCACUGCCCCAUCUCUCAGUGAAAUUGUUUGUGGGCAUGAAGGUGGAGAGAAAGCCACAAUCAGGGAUGGAGGAAGUGCCACGUCACCUUCCUUCUGGUACCGAGGUCAGGCAAGGGUACCACGUUGACCCGAAAGACCAGCCCCGAGCCCUCAAGCCUCUCAUCAUCUCAGCCUCGGGAUUCAUGUGUGCCCAGGUCACAGUGUUUUCUCUACACCACACUCUAUGUGCAGGGCUCAUGUUGAUCUCUUUGGAGGUCAACCUUUGGGGAUAUUUAAGAAAAGGGAAGAAGAUACCCAUGGACCUGCUGCUCCAAUAUCAGUGUUGCCCACAUGGGAGAGAUUGUACCUACAUGAGCUGGAGCAGAGUAUGCAGCAUCCUCCUAGUAAUGCCUUUGUGGAGAUGAUACAGUGGACUUAGCAAGGCAAGCUUCCCCAUUGAUAAUGAAGCAGCAGGUUUGGUGGAGGAAAUGAAAGUGGGAUUCCAUGAGCAUGUCUUCCUUGAGAGACACUUGGAAGGAUGGUGCCCAAAAUGUGGCCCCAUCAGACACUUCAUGGAGCUGGUUUGCACUGGACUCUCAAAGAAUCCUCAUUUAACUGUGGAGCGAAAACAAGCACAUAUUGAAUGGUACAAGAACUACUUCAACCAAAAAGAGAAUUUGCUUAAAGAGUUGGGAGCUAUAGAGGUUUCAUAAUUACAAUUGGACAAUGCUGAGUAUUUCAAGGCAAGUUGCCAUUCAUGUUUCUCUUGUAGAAUUUUAUUAUUGUAAAUUUCAGGUUUUAUGCACAAUGGAUGCAUGCAGUAUUUGCUGGUGGAUUAGAUACACCUCCACAUCACACCCAUAUUUUAUAAGGAGAUUUUGAAAAAGAGAAAAUUUAUUGUGUUUUGAGAGGGGGAGGGGGGGGAAUUCAUCAUCUGACACAAAUGAUUGCUUUGCCACAACAGAACCAAGUCUUUGAUAAAAAGUGUUCAGCGGACUACUUCUGAACACAGAUCACCCCAUAUCCCCUUAACCAUAUUUCACUACCUCUUCUGUGUUCUGUAUUAGAUGCAGGGUAUUUUUUAUUUAUUUUUUUCCCAUCUAAUCCACUAGAAAAUACAGCAGAUGCCUGAAGACCUUGUAAAUAAUCAGAAUAUUUGAUA